AUGACGACAAACAACUACAGCAUCCACAUGCUCAUUCCCACCUACUUGCUGGCACACUUCUUCAGCACCCCGCGAUGGUCUGCAGCUCUCAUGGGCCUCGACAACAACUGCAAUCCUCGUCCCAUGAUCGCAGCCCAGAAGGCAGCCGGCAAGUCCAAGAUCACCCCGCAGCAGAUCGCGUUCCUCGAGAGAGCCAGUGCAGCACAUGAGAACCUCAUCGGCCACUUUCCGCUCGUUGUCGCUGCCACCAUACUCGGCAAUAUGGCUCACCUGCCUGCGCAGCGUCUCAACACGCUCGGGUUCGGUUACUUCGCCGUGCGAUUGGCCUACAUGUUUGCCUACAGAUACAUUGAACGCGGUCUGGCUUCUUACGGCCGUUCCGUUCUCUGGUGGACUUCCAACAUCCUCUGCCUCAGCAUCAUCUACCAGAGCGGUCGCAAGCUCCAACAGUGA